UGACGCGUAAGAAAACGACUCGAGUGAAGGAUACAUACAAUGGAAGUUAUCUUGCUUGUUUGAGGGUAUAAAGGUAAAACUACACAGAGUCGGAUCAAAGUUUUCGUUUUUACCCUUUUGAACUGUUUUUUUUUUUUUUACUUGGUUCGGUCGGAUUCUUUCACGCCGCCCAUUUUUCAAAUUUUGACCUUUUGCUUAUGGAACUUCUCGCCGGUAACUGUCGGAAACGAGUCGGCGGUGACUUUGACAAGAUGUUGACGCAUUCGAUGAGUGUGACUAGAUGUAUGGUACUAACAGUAGCCGUUCACCGAGAGAACUCAAGGAACGACGACGUUUUGGCUACGCUGGCAGGCUUGGCGUCGCCUCCUCAGAAACUCGAACCCAUCAGGUGCGUUGUUAAGCCUCUGUCAGAGGAUAAACAUCCUCUGGAUAUUCUCGCUGGAGGUCUGGACAGGCUGCCGGAGACCGCUGCUUCGAGGCUACUUUGGGAUGACGUGGAGGAAAGCGGUCAGUUGACGCGCGGGUUUGCAAAGGGUGAGCUCGAAAUGGAGAUUCAAGGUCGAGUCUCCAGAGAUGGCACGUCUUGGGAUGUUGUGUCUCUGAGCUCGUCUGUUGAUCGCGAUGAACACUCUUCCCCACCAGGGACUCUUGGAGAAGCUGGUGGGUAGUAUUGAUGAAACGGCAAGAGAAGAUGCAUAACCAACUGAUUAAGGUAGUGGACAAUAUGGAGCAGGAGAGAGAAUACACAGGGAAGAAGCUUGGAGGCAACAAGAAAUUGAGAGGAUAAAAGAGACACGUAAGCAAGAGAUGCCACGCAGCUCGUCUCUCAUCUCUUUCAUCAAAAGCGUUAUUGGUGAAGAGAUCGAGAUCACUAACCUCUCUUAACAAUGUGAAUGGGCUCAGACACAAGGAGGUGUAAGAUUAGGUUCUCGAGUUUUGUUAUAUUUUGGUUUAAUUAAAUCUACCACACUUUGUAUCUGUACGGUAUUGUGUUUAUAAGUUUCGAAAUAAAGACAAAAAAGGGUUUGGUGAUUGGGAUCUUGUAACGCCUGUGGGAGACGAAAAGGAUCAUCGGUUACAUCGACUGUGACUGACACGUUCUUGAGCUUGUGAGGUCUGCAAUUACAUAUGCUGACACUUGCUUCCACUUUUCUUUUCUUCUUUCUAUCUCUCUUUCUCUUCUUGUUUUCUUCAAAUGCACAAACACAAGCUCGUGUGAGUUUGAAGAAAGGAUAUGGAACGAGGAGGCUUCCAUGGCUACGGCAAGUUCUCCCUCAACACCACCACCAAUCCAGAGGGAAGCUUUUGAUGGCAGAGAGCGGCAUGCAGCUAUCAGAACUCAACCAGCCUACCAAAACCGCUGACGGCGGCCAAGAGGAGUGCACGGUGAGAGAGCAAGACAGGUUCAUGCCUAUCGCCAACGUCAUACGGAUCAUGCGGAGGAUCUUACCUGCUCACGCCAAGAUCUCUGACGACUCCAAGGAGACGAUCCAAGAGUGUGUCUCCGAGUACAUCAGCUUCGUAACAGGGGAAGCCAAUGAGCGUUGCCAGCGGGAACAGCGCAAGACCAUCACUGCCGAGGAUGUCUUGUGGGCAAUGAGCAAGCUCGGUUUUGAUGAUUACAUUGAACCCUUAACAUUAUACCUCCACCGCUACAGAGAGCUGGAGGGUGAUAGAGGAGUAAACUGCGGUGCUGGAUCCGUUAGUAUGACCAAUGGCAUGGUGGUCAAGAGGCCUAAUGGUACCAUGGCUGAGUAUGGAGCCUACAUGGCACCGUACCAUUAUCGUCAUCAGAACGGGUUUGCUUACAGUGGUAACGAACCUAAUUCUAAAAUGGGUGGUUCAUCAUCUAGUUUUUGAACACAGUUUUCAAGCAAAAAAAAACAAUGAUGCUUUGUCUCUAUGUAUCUUCUCCUUGAACGAACCUAGUGUUUUCAAUUGAUCUUUUCUUGUGAUAAACUGUGUCAAUAAAGCAUUAGGGUCCAAACAGCACGAUUGUGAUU